AUGCAAAGUCCAAGUGAAUUUACAGAAGCAUUUCUGCUCUUUAUUGGUCGCGUGAGUGGUGUGGGCGACAAAUCACCAAAACUAUACAAUAACGAAAUGUCAACUUUGAACACGUUGCUAAUUAAUAUUGAGGAUGAACCAUUGACAGGGGUUGGUAAAUGCAAACCCUUGUUAAUCGAUUGUAUUGACAAGUUCUUGCAAAUAAUCAUUCAACAAGAACAUGUCGAUGACAGAUUGAGUUGGUUCGCAAUAAAUUUAUAUCUCAGUAAGUUCAUUAGGUUGGUUAUAUAUCCUGAAAUCCAGAUGAUUUGGCCAAUAUUGCUCAGAAUCACAGUUUUUACCCAUGAUUUUAGAGUUUUGCACAAGGUUAUUGAAUGCUCAUUAUGCGAGAAUCCCGUUGUGUCUUGGAUCAGUUCAAAAAUCUUACUGAACAUGAUUCAAGUGGAUUCCUUGUUCUGGUUGGUAAAGGAAUCAUUAAACACAAAGGAAAAUAUAAAAAAAUUUAGAAAUUUGCUUUGGUUAAAUAGUGGAAUAACUACCCUCAUGAACUUAAUUUCAUUGUUUGUCCAUUUGGAGCUAGAACUCGAAUUUAUUCCAAACUUGGUCACACCUUACAUUCGGUAUAUCCAUUCAGUCAACCCCAAAUUUUCCGAUUUUAUCCCGUGUUCAGUUAUUUUGAAAAAUCAAAUUAUCAAUAAACAGGCGAGGUUUUAUUUGCAACCGAUAAACCGUUCGCUUUUAAUUUUAUGGCAUCAGCUAAAAGAGGAUCAAACAGAAACAUACUAUAUCAAUUUGGUCACAUUGAGUAGCUUCAGAGCGUUACCUAAUUGCGUUCUAAAGUUAAACUUCCAAUGCAGCAACGAACGCCAAUUGCGAUCUGAGGCAAUGCUGAUAUACAAAUACAUGAAAAAAUUCUCCAUUAAAAUUGGAGACCUUGACAUUCUGGAUACUUGCUUAGAAAUAACUUUAAAACACAAUACUCAUUAUAAUUGGUUGGUGAAGUUUUUUAAGGUUAUCUCCCCAAGAAGAAAAAUAUCUGUAAACUCCAAAAUUCAAGUUCCCCUGAGCCAAAAAGAAAGUUUAGACCCCAACUGUUCCCAGAAUGAUUCAAAUAAUAUGAUGGUAGUCGCUGCAAAAAGACGCAAAGUAUCGAGAUCAGAACCAUGGGAUUUCUUUGACAUAUCUGAAAUGUCGCGAGCAAGAAAGAAUCGUAAAUAUGAAGUUAGCAGAGAUAUGCAUAAACAGAGUAAUGUCACUAAGAUUUGUUUGGAUUCUGAACAGAUUGGUGAUGGUAGAAAUUCCAAAAAUUUGCUAUUUGUACAAGAAGAAUCGGAUGACAUUGAAGAAUCUAGUUUUUCAUCGCAGAAUAAUGCCAAUCCUAAAGAGUACAACAAUGGCAAUUGUGAUCAAUUUGAUUUGGAUACCGCAACGGGAGAGACAACAAAGGACGAAAACCAAAAUGUAACUUGUUCCGUGGUAAAACCUUUGAACAGAGAGUUAGAUAUAACGCCUAUAUGUCAAGAUAAUGCCACACCAACGAGCGAUUACAACUAUAUAAACGAGAGCUUAAUUCUAUUCUCUUCCAAUAUUGUGAAUAAGUUGAAAACCAUCGAGUACAAUGUGCUUCAAAAACGGAAUGAAUUACAAAACGAAUUGGAUCUGGAAUUUGCUAGAAUCUUUGCCAAGCACAAACAGAAAUUGCAUGAAAUACAGCAACACAUAACCGGAGAGUUAAAUAAACUAAAGUAG